CUUGGACCCCAUUUUUUUUUCUAACAUGAAGCUAUUUCACAUUUACACUGUUUAGGUUGACUCGAAGAACUGGCAAUUUAUUGAGGCAUCAACAUCAUUGGAUAGGCUAAAAGUCACUAUUGAUUUUUCAGAGCUUGGCUUGACUAUAUUCUUUGAGGCAGAACUAAUCAGGGAUAAUUGUCGCGGCCUUCAGAGGUUUGGUAAGAACUACCUGCACGUGCGGCAUCUCGAGCACGUUUUGAACUCGACAAGAAAAUGGAUCCAACUCUCGACCAUUUUUCAAUACCACAGAUGCUUCAUUUCUGCACUCUAAUCUUGGAGUAACUUCCCAUCCUUAAUCUCAUCACAAACCAACCACUUCGUAGGAUUUUUUCGCAUUGCUGCCUAUAUCAUGGUUUCUAUUUAAGCCGAAGAGUUGUCGCCCAUUUCACUUUUAUGCGUCAAAAAAUCAUGUACCGGUCAUCAUUCACAUCCAUGCAUUUCUGUACAUUUAAUUAUUGCUUCGCUUAGACGGUCUUUAUCAGUGUCAUUACCAUCUUCAUAUCGUACUAGCACCCACGAGAUCAAUAACUCGCUUUCUUACAUUGUUCAUAGCAAACACAAAAAUCCCAUUGAACCCAACCAUUCUUGCCCUCGUAUCUCCAAAACUCACUACUUAUAUGUGCUUCAGUCAUCUCGUUUUUCCACUUUUAUCAAACGCUUGAUAAAAUGUCGCAAAGAAAUCAACAGCGUCAAGACACCGACUUUCAUUUCGUUCAUCAUCUUCUUAAACCUUCCAAUGGAACACGUCAUGUCUUGACUGUCAGAACUGUCCAUUGUUUAGUCCUCAAGUUAGGUUUUCUCCUCCACUUGCCAACAUCGACGACUCUCCUUGCAGCUUACUCUAGAGUUAGCGAUAUUUGCUCUUCGUGGGGUUUGUUUAAUGAAACUUGUGAUAGGGAUGUGGUCUUUUGGAAUGCUAUGAUCAGUGCCUGUACUGAGAAUCAUUGUUUUAAUAUGGCAUUGGAUUUCUUUGUGGAGAUGAUUAAAGAGGGAACUGGGUUUGAUUCCACAACUCUUUUGAUUGUCGUUUCGACGCUAUCUCGCACGAAAUACUUAAAAAGGGGAAAGAUUUUUCAUACUUAAAGCAUAAAGAGUGGGAUGCUUUCAGAUUGUUGUCUUUACAAUGCACUUGUGGACAUGUACGCAAAAUGUGGUGACCUGAAUUCUUCGGCGUGUGUGUUUGCUGAGAUGAAUUGCAGAGAUACUGUGUCUUGGAAUACAGCAAUGAGUGGUUGUCUUAGUAAUGAUCAUCCUGAGCAGUCGUUGUUGUACUUUAAGGAAAUGAAUUUCUCCGGGAACGCUGAUUGUGUGAGUUUGUCAUCUGCUAUUGCAGGAUGCACUUGUCUUGGUGAGUUGAGCCACGGUCAAGUUAUUCACGGCUGGGGGAUUAAGUUCGGUUAUGAGGAAAGCAAUUGCAUUUCAGUUGCCAAUUCUCUCAUUUCAUUGUAUUCAAAGUGUGGAGAUAUUGAGGCUGCAGAGACAGUGUUUCAGGGUAUGCGACAUAAGGAUGUUGUUUCAUGGAAUGCAAUAAUUAAUGGGAUUGCUUCAAAUGGUAAGAUCAAAGAAGCAUUUGAUCUUCUUAUUGAGAUGCAGUUGAUGGGGUUUGCUCGACCUGAUGCAACCACUGUAGUUACUAUAAUUUCGCUUUGUGCUGAAUUUAUGCUUUUGAGAGAAGGAAGAAGUGUACAUGGAUAUGCAAUGCGGAGACUAAUGGGAUGUGAUGAAAUGGUGAUGAACAGCCUUAUGAACUUCUACUCAAAAUGCAACUGUAUAGAGAAGGCUCAGCUACUGUUCAGUAUCAUUUCCAUAAGAGAUUUGGUGACUUGGAACACAAUGAUCUCUGGGUAUAUCCAAAAUGAAGAUUCAAAAAAGGCUCAGAGCCUGUUUAAGGAAAUGCUUUAUUUCUCUUCAGAGUUCAGCACAUCAACUCUAUUUGCUAUUCUUCCUUCUUGCAAUUCCCUUGAAUCCCUGAAGUUCGGUAAAUCAAUUCACUGUUGGCAGUUAAAGGUGGGAUUCUAGAAUGAUAAUCUUGUGGUUAAUUCCCUCAUGGACAUGUACAUUAAUUGUGGAGACUUGAUGGCCGCUUUCCCAUUGCUGCAAAGAAUUUCACUUGUAGGAGAUACAUCUUGUUGGAAUACUGUAAUUGUUGCCUGCACAAGAAAUGGACAUUUUCAAGAAGCCUUUGAAACUUUCAACAUGAUGAGGCAGAAAGGAAAUGCCAGCCUUGAUUCAGUUACCCUUUUCAAUGUCAUAUUAGCUAGUGGAAUGCUUGAGCUGGCCUCCCAAGGCAAAUCUCUUCAUGGUCUUGCACUUAAAUCUCUGAUAGGGUCAGAUACUCGCGUCCUGAAUGUAUUAAUCACAAUGUAUAGCAGAUGCAGCGAUAUUGAGAGUGCUAGGCUGGUUUUCAUUUUGAGCUCCGAUCGCAAUCUAUGUUCGUGGGAUUGCAUGAUCUCUGCUUUUUCUCAAAAUAAGGCUGAAAUAAGAGCACUUGAUUGGUUUCGCUUGCUUGAGUUCAAACCCAAUGAUAUCACCAUUGUUAGUGUUCUCUCUGCUUGCAGUCAACUUGGAGUUUUAAGACAUGGAAGGGAAAUUCAUGGAUGUGUAAUUCGCAUGCAAUUUCAAGAUAACCCUUUUAUAUCUGCAGCCCUUCUGGAUAUGUACAGAAAUUGUCGAAGACUGGAUAUUGCUUGCAAAAUUUUAAAAAAUGCAGGGAAAAAAUCAAAUGCGGCAUGGAAUUCUAUGAUUUCUGCAUACGGUUUCCACGGUGAAGGUAGAAAAGCAAUUGAAGUGUUUCAUGAAAUGUGCAACUAUGGAAUCAGACCAACCAAAAGCACAUUCAUCAGUCUUUUAUCAGCUUGCAGCCACACAGGGCUGGUGAAUGAAGGCCUAUGGUAUUACAACCAUAUGCGGGAAUAUGAAGUAGAACCUGUAACCAAGCACGAUGUACACAUGGUUGAAAUGCUCGGUCGAGCUUGUAAACUCCAUGAAGCCUAUGAGUUCAUUACAAACAAGUCAGAGCAACCCAAACCAGGUGUUUGGGGAGCCAUGCUAAGUGCUUGCAACUAUCAUGGAGAUAUGGAGAUGGGGAAAAAAGUAGCACAACUUCUCUUUGAGUUGGAGCCUGAAAAUGUCGGAUACUACAUUUCAUUGGCUAAUAUGCGUGUUGCUUCAGGACAAUGGAAAGAUGCAGUGGAGCUACGGGAAAUAAUUCAUCAUAAAAAAUUAAGGAAAACAGCAGGUUACUGUCUCAUUGAUGUUGGUCAAGGACAUAAUUGCAAACGAUGUAACUUUUUGCUGGUAAUACAACCCAAAAUUGAUUUUUCUGUUUCUCAACAUUUUAUAAAGAACAUUCAAACUCACUGGCCUAUAGCCAUGAAACAAAACUUUGGUGAAACAAAAACCAUAAAUAUACUAAGGGGGCGGCAUCAAUGGAUGGGCCUAAAGAUUCAUUCAAAGAAAAACUGA